ACCGCGACAAGCACAACGACGACCGCGAGUUGAGGCAAACUUUUCGGGACAGCUUCACCUCCGCCCUCGCGCGACUCUCCUCACCAUGCUGGACGCCUUCGAAAUCGUCACGGCCUCUGGCGUCGUCCUCUGGCGCAAGCAUUAUGCCCCGCUGUCCGCCAACGUGAUCAACGGCCUCAUAAACGAUGUCUUUAUUGAAGAACGACAGAAGCCCGGCGCUCAAGAAGGCUCGGCCAGUGCACCAUACCGGAAGGACAAAUAUACUCUGCGAUUCACAACAGCAAAAGACGUCGGCUUAAUAUUUGUGGCUGUAUACCAAUCCCUGCUACAUCUGUCGUGGGUCAACGAUCUUUUGACCGCGGUGAAAGCUCUUUUCGUUAAACAGUAUGGUGCGGAACUCAAGAAGCAGAACUUUGUCCGGGUUUCCACAACAGACUUCGAUCCGACCUUCGAUGCGCUGGUGCGCAAGCUCGACACAGGGAGCACUAGAGUUGCCGUGGACGAACAGGACUCAGAGAGCCAGGCCGAGCUCACUCCACCAUCCAGCUCGGCCUCUGUCACAGAUGAUGCGACUCGCGAUGAGCCACCUCCACCACCCGUACCGCAGUUUAGGAAACCGCUGCGACAAGAGCUUGUAGUAGAUGAUACAACGAGUGCAGAAGCCACGCCAAUUGGCACUCCGGAGGCAUCGAGACCUUCAACUCCAGCAUCGCAUAUUUUGACCGGCAAAGCUGGACCGGGAAAGACUUCACGGAGAUCACGCAAAGCCGCUGGUUCACCCUUCGCCUCGUCCGCACCUGCGUCAUCUGGCGACGAGGACACAAGACGAGGACCAAAGGGCGGGAAGGGCGGCGUCAAGCAGAAGAGAAGAUGGGAUGCAGACGGUUUCGCCGCGGAGGGCGAGGAAGAAGUGUUGGACUACAGUGCAGCUGCUACACCUAUGGACGAGAGGGCAGACUUUGAUGUGGACAACGUCAGUUCAGAUCAAAUGGGGAGUAGAACAGGCAAAGGACAAUUCGUGCUCAAGGACUUGGAGGAUGAGGUGGAUGCCAUUCUGGCCGAGUCGCACGAGACUCAGAAGGAGACGGUUACGAAAGAAGAUUCCGGUCUGUUCGGCACAGCGACAAGCAAGAUAUCUGGCUUGUUCCGCAACGUGGUCGGUGGGAAGAAGCUCACAAGGCAAGAUCUGGCACCCGCUCUUCUUCAGAUGCGCAAUCAUCUCCUCGAGAAAAACAUCGCAAGGGAGGCCGCUGAACGUCUCUGUGACAGCGUGGAGACGGACUUGCUCAACUCCACUACCGCAUCAUUCACUUCCAUCGAUAAGACGAUUCGCGAGAGCAUGGCCAAAGCCUUGACCCGCAUCCUCACUCCAACAAGCAGUCUCGAUCUCCUCCGCAACAUCACUUCCACGGUUGAAGGCACCAACCCACGACCGUACGUGAUCAGCAUUGUCGGCGUCAACGGUGUCGGUAAGAGCACGAACCUCAGCAAAAUCGCAUACUUUCUGCUCCAGAACAAGUUCCGCGUUCUGGUCGUCGCGGCAGAUACUUUCCGAAGCGGUGCGGUCGAGCAGCUACGAGUGCACGUUCGGAAUCUCACUGAGCUCGCUCGCCGCGAGAACGUCGGCCACGUCGAGCUCUUUGAGAAGGGCUACGGGAAAGACGCUGCAACCGUGGCUCGAGACGCCGUCGCACAUGCCACGAACGCUGGUAAAGGCAACAUGCUUUUCGAUGUCGUUCUCGUGGAUACCGCCGGUCGUCGUCACAAUGACGCGAGAUUGAUGAGCAGUUUGACAAAGUUUGGGCAAUUGGCGAAUCCGGAUAAGAUUUUCAUGGUUGGCGAGGCGUUGGUUGGUACGGACAGUGUUGCACAGGCGAGGAAUUUCGCAAAGGAGUUUGUGGAUACGAAGGGUCAGAUGAGGAAUGGUGGUGUUGGCAUGGAUGGGUUCAUUAUUAGCAAGUGUGAUACUGUGGGCGAUAUGGUUGGGACAUUGGUUAGCAUGGUGCAUGCCACGGGCAUCCCGGUUGUAUUUUUGGGCGUGGGACAGCAUUACGGAGAUCUCAGGGGAUUGAAUGUGGAUUGGGCAGUAGGCAAGUUGAUGAAGUAG